AUGGCAACAAUUGCACCAUACGACGCCAUAGUUAUUGGGUCUGGUCAAUCCGGAACGCCCUUAGCUGCCGCCUUUGCGAGAGCAGGACAAAAAACAGCUCUCAUUGAACGCAGAAAUAUCGGUGGAACCUGUAUUAACGAAGGCUGCACACCUACAAAAACUUUAAUCGCCUCAGGCCGCAUCGCCUAUCUGGCUCGCAGGGGACCAGAAUAUGGCAUACACACUGGUGGCCAAAAGGCCAAGGUGAACGCGGCCGUGGUCGACAUGAUCAAGGUCCGCCAACGGAAACGCGACAUCGUCGCCCAAUUCCGCGGUGGCAGUGAGACUAGGAUAGAAGAUUCUGGCGUGGAUCUUCUGAAAGGCGAAGCGACAUUUAUGGACCAUAAGACAUUGCAGUACAAAGAUAGUGCCGGCAACGUGAAAACUGUUCAAGGCCAGAAGAUAUUCAUCAAUGUCGGAGAACGACCUAGAUCACCUCUUCUUGAUGGAAUCGGCUCGGUUGCUGAAAAAAGAGUUUUGGAUUCCACUUCAGUCCAAGAGCUAGAUGAGAUUCCUGGCCACCUUGUGGUGAUCGGCGGAGGAUACGUGGGAGUAGAAUUUGCACAAUUGUUUCACCGGCUAGGCGCGAAGGUCACCAUAAUCCAGCGUGGAUCGCAAUUACUACCGCGCGAGGACGGAGAAAUUGCAGAAAUGCUACAAGAUAUAUUUCGAGAAGAUGGACUCACGGUACACUUGAACUCUGACACUGUCAGAAUUGCACCAUCGCCUAGCGGGUUCACUCUUUAUUUUCACGCCAACAAUCGCGAUCAAACUGUCGAAGGAACACACAUCUUAUUCGCUGCCGGCCGCGUUCCAAAUACAGACCGACUGAAGCCAGAGGCCGCCGGUAUCAACACGGACAAAAAAGGGUAUAUUCUAACAAAUGAAUACCUGGAGACCUCGUCCCCUUCUAUUUUUGCCAUGGGCGACGUGAAAGGACCUCCGGCAUUCACGCAUAUCUCAUACGAUGACUUCCGCAUCCUUCAGUCUAAUGUUCUUUCAUCGCCACCCACCAAACUCUCAAUCAACGACCGCAUUGUCCCGUACGUGGUCUUCACUGAUCCUCAGCUAGCGCACGUUGGUCUCCACGAGAAAGAAGCUCGUGGAAAGUUCCCCAAUAUGAAGAUUCAGACUGCAAAAAUGCCAAUGGCGUACGUUGCCCGCGCACUAGAAACGGACGAGUCGAGGGGGAUGAUGAAGGCUGUCGUAGAUGGUGAUACAGGUGUGAUACUAGGAUUUACUUGUUUGGGCGUCGAUGGUGGUGAAAUCAUGAGCACUGUGCAAAUGGCGAUGAUCGGGAAUCUUCCCUACCAAAAGUUGCGAGAUGCAGUAUUGGCCCAUCCGACUUUAGCAGAGAGUCUAAACAACAUUUGGGCAUAUUUGGAGUGA